CCUUCGACAGUCAUGAGGAACAAAACCUAUCAUCCAUAUCCCGUAAACCGCCAGAAUGUUCCCUAUAAGCGCAGGGCCGUCGCUCAACUCCCGACUCCUAGUCGGUCAAAUCCGACCACCAUCAUUGAUCAAAGACUAGUGGAAGGUGCACAGGAGCCUUUCCUCCAUAGGCCACCUAGAGAAGUACAUAGGAGCUAUGUGUCUGAGCCACAGAUGCUUCCUCGUGACGAUAGCUUGGAGCUGGAUGCGUUCGCUGACAUCCAAACUUUAGACCUUGAACUACUGGCCCAAUCGGAUGAACAAACACGGAGUCUCCAGGCGGCCGGUCUGGUCACAGACCGUGGCUCAUUGCCGUCUAGACCGUCUCAAGCAACGAACUAUAAUCAAGUCUCUCGUUUCUUUCAUGCUGGUCCACAUGUCACCCCACAUCAAAGCUUGGGAUCUAGCUCUUCGGACACGGGUGUAAGAUCGCCAUCUAGUCCAUUGGUUAGAUUGCGGGCCGAGAGGAUGAAUGUACAAUCUCGCCAGCAUAAUUUGGAAGCCAGGGAUGUUCCUCAUACAUCCUACGACUAUGGAAAAUCUUGUCCCCACUCUACUGAAAUAUUGCCGACUGCUUCCCACGGACGGCCGAAAAGUCCCUUCAAACAAAUUCCGGUUUCCAUUCGAGGCAUUGUCCUUGUAUCUGUGCAUGAGCUUCCAGAUAAAUACCGUCCAAUGUUCCCAUUUCCUGUCUUCAAUGCCGUGCAGUCCAAAUGCUUCCACCCGGUUUACAAAACCGAUAGCAACAUUGUCCUCUCGGCCCCCACGGGUAGUGGGAAAACAGUUAUAAUGGAACUGGCAAUCUGUCGAUUGCUCAAUUGCCUAAAAGAUGAACGAUUCAAGGUGGUAUACCAGGCGCCAACCAAGUCUCUUUGCUCAGAGAGGUUCAGAGACUGGAAUACGAAGUUUCACACUUUAGGGCUGCAGUGUGCAGAAUUAACUGGGGAUACAGAUCCCGCCCAGUUGAGGAGGGUUCAGAACAGUCAAAUAAUCAUUACUACGCCGGAGAAGUGGGACAGUAUGACUCGUAAAUGGAAGGAUCAUGCACGCUUAAUGCAGCUGGUCAAACUCUCCCUCAUUGACGAAGUCCAUAUUCUCAAGGAGGCUCGUGGUGCAACUCUGGAGGCUGUCGUAUCUCGCAUGAAAACCAAUGGAUCAAAUGUCCGCUUCGUUGCUCUCAGUGCUACUGUCCCAAACUCUGAAGAUAUCUCAACUUGGCUAGGCAGGGACUCAACAAAUCAGCAUGUGCCCGCACAUCGGGAACAUUUUGGAGAGGACUUUCGCCCAGUGAAGUUACAAAAGUUUGUGUACGGCUACCAAUCGCACGCCAAUGACUUUGCAUUCGACAAAAUGUGUGGCUCAAAGCUUCCAGACCUCAUAGCAUCUCAUUCCUCCAAGAAGCCUAUAAUGAUAUUUUGCUGUACGAGGAAUUCGGCUGUUGCUACUGCUAAGGAGCUGGCUCGCUUGUGGUCAAUGUCUAAUCCUCCUGCGAGGCUGUGGAAAGGACCAGGUAGGCCUAUGGAGGUGCAAAACAUGGACCUGAAAAGCACAAUCGGUGCCGGGGUAGCUUUCCACCAUGCCGGUCUUGAUCCGGGUGACCGUCGUUCAGUCGAGACAGGAUUCCUACAGGGGCUAAUUAGCAUAAUAUGCUGCACGUCUACUCUUGCAGUUGGAGUAAAUCUGCCAUGUCAUCUGGUAAUUAUAAAAGGCACAGCCGGAUGGCAAGAGGGCGGCUGCAAAGAAUAUUCAGACCUGGAUAUUAUGCAAAUGCUUGGCCGUGCAGGCAGACCGCAAUUCGAUGACAGCGCUACGGCUGUGAUCAUGACAAGGAAAGAACGCGAAAACCACUAUGAGAAGCUUGUGUCUGGCUCCCAGAGUCUAGAAAGCUGCUUGCAUCUGAACCUUGUUGAUCACUUGAAUGCUGAGAUUGGGCUUGGUAAUGUCACAAACAUCGAUUCUGCUAUACGAUGGCUCGCUGGCACGUUUCUGUUCGUGAGAAUGAGAAGAAACCCAACUCACUAUCAUCUUAAAGAGGACGCUGACAGGGGUGAUGAAGAUGAAAUGCUGCGACAAGUAUGCGAGAAAGAUAUCAAGCUUCUACAGGAAUGUGGGCUGGUCUCCACCGAUGGCCUCAGAUCCACCAAUUCUGGCGAUGCCAUGGCUCGGUACUAUGUGCGGUUUGAGACAAUGAGAACAUUGCUUACACUCAAACCCCACUCAAGCAUAUCCCAAGUUCUGUCGGUUAUUUCAAGGGCAGAUGAGUUCCGUGAGAUACGCCUCAAGGCAGGUGAGAAGUCUCUUUACAAGGAGAUCAACCGUGCCAGCGCAAUCCGGUUCCCAGUCAAUGUGGAUAUAGCGCUCCCAGCCCACAAGAUCUCGCUGCUGAUCCAGUCUGAGCUGGGUGCGGUGGAUUUACCCGACGGGGAAUUGUUUCAGAAGCAUAAAUUUGCUUUCCAGCAAGAUAAGACCUUCGUCUUCUCUCAUAUUAACAGACUCAUCCGCUGCGUCAUAGACUGUCAGGUAGGCCUUGAAGAUUCGAUCACAUUGCGGAAUGCUUUGGAGCUUGCACGGAGCUUCGGUGCCAAGGUCUGGGAUGACUCGCCACUGCAGAUGAAGCAAAUCGAGCAGAUCGGAGUUGUUGCCGUUCGAAAGCUAGCAUCAGCUGGAAUCACCAGUAUUGAAGCGCUGGAGCUUUGCGAGCCCCAUCAGAUUGAUAUGACCUUGAGUAGAAAUCCCCCAUUCGGCAGGAAGUUGUUAGACCGACUUGUCGAUUUUCCCAAGCUUCGAGUGUCCAUCAAGAUGACUGGAAAGGACUCCAAACCUGGCAAUGCAGUGAAGAUCCAGAUGAAGGCCGAAGUUGCCUUCAUGAACCCAAAGAGUCCGACCUACUUCCAGAGACGCCCGGUAUACAUCUGCUUCUUGGCAGAAACUUCGGACGGCCGUCUGCUCGAUUUUCGGCGUAUAAGUGCGAGUAAGAUGUCUAAUGGUCAAGAGAUACUGUUGGCCGCGGAUUUGAAGAGUGCUGGCCAAUUUGUGACGUGCUAUGCCAUGUGUGACGAUAUAGCUGGAACUACUAGAUCUGCGCAGCUGAAGCCUGAUAUUCCUGCAUCCUUGUUUCCAGCACAGCUGGAUUCACAUCCCGAUUCUGUAUCGACAAGACCUCAACCCAAUAUUUCACGCCGACGCAGCAACGACACGUCUCAAACCAAAUAUACCAGUAAUCUGAAUAUUAACACAUGGGACAGCGAUGAUUUAUUGUUCGACGAGUUCUUGGAAAAGGACGAAGCCGAGAACUGGUCUUGUACCAACAAGCUGCCAGAAUCUUCAGGCAAUAAAGCACGCAAUAAGUCAAAAAACGAAAGCAAAUAUCCAGAGAAAGCUGGCAAAGCGGCCGAGGCUGAGGAGCCCACUCGACUCGAAAAUGGCAGGUGGGCGUGCAACCAUCGAUGCAAAGAUAAGACAACCAGGUGUAAGCAUUUAUGUUGCCGCGAUGGACUCGAAAAGCCACCAAAAGCAAGCAAGAAGCGACUUUCAGACGAGACAAAAGGACUCAAUCAGAUGACGUUACCAGCGACAAUAGUCAAGAAGAAUACUCACGUAGCCAGCAUUUCUAGUACCGAGGUCUGCGCAAACCAUGCAAUACUGUCUGGCCCGACACCCAAGCCCUCGCACAAGUCAAAGACCGAUAACAGUGACAAAGCCAGGAUUAACCCCAGUGCUCCAGCCCGCACCAGCAAGGAAGACUCUUCGAGCGAGUACGGAGACGACAGUUUCAGUGAUUUUCCUUCACCAUCGGCCUUGUUGUUUGAUUACUCCGCAACACCAACAAAGAAGGACCUUGAACCCCCGACAAACGAAGGUGAGCUAGACCUAAAUGAUGACUGGAUCGACGAUGAAAUCUGGCUUGACCCCGGGUCACCACCCCCAGACUCUAGCCCCGCUGGACAAUCCCGCGUCAUCAUAGAAAAGGUUAGUCAAGAUGAAACGACUCAUGCAUCACAAAGCGUUCAUACGGCUAUUCCAAAGACCAACCCUGAGAAUCCAGAUAGCCAAGUCGAUAAUCUCCCCACCUUUGACAUCUCCCAUGGAAAGAAGCGGAAUCUUCCCCCAACAACAAACAGUGACAGCAUGUCUAAAAAGUGUAAAACAGACAAAGCUACCACCGGCACAGAUAAAAGCCAAAGUAACAAUGACAUAGUAACUAGUGGUUCAGUGCCUUCGGAGCCCGUCCAUGAAACAUCAACCAUCCCAGAAGGCUGGGAAGAUAUCGACCGUGAUCUACUAGAUGAGUUCAAAGACAUCAUCAAUUUAUUUUAAGCGGAGGAGAAUGAAAUCUUGUGGGGUCGGGAAUAUGCGUGCGGGGUAUCUCUUUCC